CUGCACAUCUGUUCCUGUUUGUUACUUUGUUUUCCUGCUGUGGCUCUCUGGCCUCUUUAAAGCUCUGGCCACUGAUGAAGUUCAUCAAGCUGACUGUCGGUCUGACCAGCAGGAGGCGCUGCAGACUCACAGCUGAGUGAAGCAGCUUUAGUUGAACUGGAAUCACCAGGAAGAAUCAACUCAUCACUAUGUUCUGUUCCUGUUGUUUAAUAGUUGUAAUUUAACUCUGGUAUAUGAUGCUAUUCAAUAGUGUCUAAUUAAUUCCUGUGUUUUGUUUUUUAAAUAAUUUUUAAUUAACUCAGGUAUAUGAUGCUAUUUAAUAGUUCCAAAUUAACUCUGGUAAAUGAUUUAAUAUUUAUUAAUUAAUUCUGGUAUAUUCUGUUAUUUGAAAGUUUUUAAAUAACUCUGAUAUAUGACUUAAUAGUUCCUAAUAUACCCUGGUAUAUGAUUUAUUUGAUAGCUUUUUUAAUUAACUCUGGUAUGCUAUGUCAUUUAAUAGUUUUCAGUUAACUCUGGUAUAUGAUGUUCUUCACCAUCUUCUGUUCGGUUUGUUUCAUGAUGUUUCAAGAACAUUGUCACAGAUGAGAGGGAGUAUUUCAGUUUUCAGUCUUCGUAAAGUGCGUCUUUGCUAUGAUGUGAAACAGGAAGUGGUUUAUGUUGAGCAGGUUCACACAUAGACAGUGAAACACAGUAGAGAGGACUCACUCUGACUUACUUCUGUAGACUGAAAGUCGUCACAUAAUGGUGUUUGAACGUUGAGGCAUGGGCCCAUGCUGGUAGAGGAGAGGAGUGACUCCUCUGUAUGCAGAGAAGAUCUCUGAGGUUGAGCAGCACAGAGGAAACUUCUAGCUGCAGACUGAAGUUAAACCAGACAGGAGACUCCAGCAGAACUGCAACUCAUCAAACUACAUCUACUGUCUGACUCUGGUUCCUGCUGGUCUUAAGGAUCCAGAACCUUUUUUUAUCAAUACUUAUAGAACCUUCAGUGUGGAUCAUGAAGGACCAGAACUUGACGGAUGAAGUGACAAAGAUCCUGGAAGAAGCUCCAAACGCCAGGAAAGCUCUGCGCGAAAACUACGACAACCUGCUGAAUGUGGCCGAGUACUGCUACAAUAACUAUGUACAGUCAGGUGACGGCAGCAUGAAAGCGUUGGAGGAAACUAAAAACUUUACCACCCAAUCACUGGCCAGCGUCGCCUACCAGAUCAGCACUCUGGCCAAUAGUGUCUUGAGCCUGUUGGAUGCUCAGACCAAUCAGCUUCGCCACAUGGAGUCUUCCAUCAACCUGAUUGGUCAGACAGUGGAGAUGCACAAAGAAAAGGUUUGUCGGAGGGAAAUCGGCGCCUUCACUGCUGUCAGACGAGUCCCUCGCAGCCACAAGAUCCUCCCCCCUACAGGCUCCCAGGCCCGCCCACCGUACAGCCGCCGACCAAUCAACUACCAGCAGCUGGACGGCGUCGGCCACGGCAUGAAGGUCUCUGGGAAACAGUCGGACCGAACAGGAACCAUCCGGAAACAGGGACCCUCUGUCAGGUCCAACAAGCCUGUGGAGGCGGUGCAGUGCCCGGUGGCGCCCCCUGCAGGAGGCUCCAGCUUUGGGAAAGUUGUAGCUCCGCCCACCAUCCCGCCUACCUGGCAGGCUCCACCUGAGUGUGACCUCAUCACCUCACUGCUGGACGACACCCCGCCCCCUCCACCGACAGACACUGUCAUCCCGGCUCAGGAUGAUGUGGUCACUAAUGCCUCGGGCCUGCCCCCUGCUCCUCCGCCUCCCCCUCCUCCACCGGGUUCGUCAGGCGGUAAGGUGGCCCCGCCCCCUCCACCAAUCCCUCCUCCGACAGGAGCUCUGACCAAUCACAGCGAUCUGCCCCUGGCUCCACCCCUUAGCCUUGAAACAGUGGUGGAGGAGAACAGCUUCCCCUCUCCCUCGCCUCCUCCUCCCCCUCCUCUCUCUGAUGAUGACGGUUUCCCUCCGUUGUCUACUGAUGGUUCAGAGCUGCCGGCUCCGCCCCCUCUACCCAGCCAGGAAGUAGACGUGACCCUCCCCAGCAGGAGGAGUCGCUGCCGCCGCUCCCCUCCCACCAUGCGCUCCGUAUCUCUGAGGGUCCGCUCAGGCCCCGCCUCCCGCUGCCGCUACACCCGCUCCCUCUUCCUUCCUGCUGGCCAAUCACUCAUGAUCCCCCCUCCCCCCCCUUACCCGCCUCCCUGCACCCCUCCUCACCCCUCAUCCUCCCCCCUUCACCUGCUGCCUCGCCCUUCCUCUUCACCUCGGCUCUGCUUACCUGCUCGUCUGCAACACCUGGAUCUGGAGAUCCCGGCCCCACCCCCUGCUCUCCUAUUGGACAAUGAGGUGGGCUUUGAUGACAUCAUGCCGCCCCUCCCUCCACCAGUGGACUACGACACCAAUGCCCCCGCAGAAUACCUGGAAAAAGUUGUAGCGCUCUACAGCUACGAAGCAACGAAGCCUGACGAUCUUUCCCUCACCGAGGGUGAUGUCAUCUACGUGACUCAUCGCCAUGACGACGGCUGGUGUCAGGGCUUCCUGAAUGGCCAAGAGGGAUUCUUCCCCAACAACUACGUCCAGUCAUGUGACUAGAGGAAGUCCCGCCCCUCCGUGUCACCACCAUCCUCUGCCUCAGAUGUGUUAAUAUUACUGUAGUACGACUAGUAAUACUACUAACUGUGCAGUGAAGGCCUCAGUGCUGCAGGACACUGAACCAAACUACAGAUGAAGCUUCAAACUGAACCUCUGAAAUAAAUCUUCUUUAUUCUG